CAUAACUUUUUGCGCGGACAUCCGAACACAAAUGUAUUCGACACUGUCCGUCACAUGUAAAAGUUUUCGAAAUCCUCUAAUGCUUGAAUCGAAUAAUUUUGAAACACCCUUAUGUUUGUUUGAGAAUCUGUGCACACAUAUCUGUAUCAUCGGUUCAUUAGUCCACUCUCUCUCUCUCAUGUCCAUUCUCUAUCUCCUAGCUAUCCACCGCCCCCUAUAUGUUAGCCCACUUCUCUCUCUGCCCAUUCCUCAUCCUUAUUCCUUCCCCUCCUUUCUCUCUCCUCUCUCAACAGUCUUCCUACUACUAUUUCCCUCCCUGCCUUUUAUUUGAUUUUUAUAUAUACUUUCUGAAUAAUUUAAGCGCAACCAAUGGACUACGGCAGGCUCGGGAAGACCGAGCCUACUUCAUCGAAAUCAGAGCCACUCCCGAACCAACAAGACGACGCCACGUCACUACCGAAAACCACUGCGAAAAGGUACAGAAUAAAGCUGCUUUUGGUGUUCGCAUUGGCCUUCCUGGUCGCGUCGGCCGUAUCGGUUUCGGUUGUGGUCGGGAUCCGGGCCAGGGCCUCGGGUGUUUCCAGCGGCGACCGGAAACCGACGGUGGCCAUAUCCCGGACCUGCAGCAGGACCCGGUACCAGAGCCUCUGCAUCAACUCGCUCCUCGACUUCCCCGGCGCCACCUCCGCCGACGAGCACGACCUCGUGCACAUCUCCGUCAACAUGACUCUCCGCCGCGUCGGCCGGGCGCUCUCCGCCUCCUCCGACAUCAACAACCUCGCCAUGGACCUCCACGUGCGGUCCGCCUACGACGACUGCCUCGACCUCCUCGACGGCUCCGUCGACCACCUUGCUCGCUCCCUCAUCGCCGUCGCCGAAGGCAAUGCCCAGCCGACCGGGUCGACUGAGGACGUGGUGACGUGGUUGAGCGCUGCAAUGACGAACCAAGACACGUGUGCGGAAGGGUUGGAAGAGGUGAGCGGGAGCGUGAAGAAGCAAAUGGAGGAGAGGUUGAAGGACUUGUCGGAGCUGGUGAGCAAUAGCCUGGCGAUUUAUGCGGCGGCGAGCGGGGACGAGGAUUUCGUCGGGAUCCCGACACAGAAUCGCAGGAGACUAAUGAGUUCUGCCAGAGAUCAGGGGCAACGUCGUUUCCCGGCGUGGUUGGGGAGGAGGGAGAGGGCGUUGCUGGAGAUGCCGGCGGCGGAGGUGCAGGCGGAUAUAGUGGUGGCGAAGGACGGGAGCGGGACGUAUACGUCGAUCAUGGAGGCGAUCAAGAAGGCUCCAGAGCAUAGCGAUCGGCGGACCAUUAUCUACGUCAAGGCAGGAAAAUAUGAGGAGGAGGAUUUGAAGGUGGGGAGAAAGAAGACCAACUUGAUGUUUAUAGGGGAUGGAAAGGGCAAAACCGUCAUUACAGGCGGCAAAAGUGUAGCCGAUAAGAUAACGACAUUCCGCACUGCGUCAUUCGCGGCUACAGGCAACGGUUUCAUAGCCCGUGACAUGACAUUCGAGAACUCCGCUGGACCAAGCAAGCACCAAGCCGUGGCUCUGCGCAUAGGCGCAGACCACGCCGUGGUCUACCGGUGCGAAAUUCUCGGAUACCAAGACACGCUCUACGUCCACUCCCAGCGCCAGUUCUAUCGCGAAUGCGACAUUUACGGGACGGUGGACUUCAUAUUCGGCAACGCGGCAGUGGUCUUGCAAAACUGCAACAUAUAUUCCCGAAAGCCCAUGGCCUCCCAGAAGAACACCAUCACGGCCCAAAACCGAAAGGACCCGAACCAAAACACCGGCAUCUCCAUCCACGCGUGCAAGAUCCUCGCCACGCCGGACCUCGAGGCCUCCAAAGGGGCCGUCCAGACCUACCUGGGCCGGCCCUGGAAGAAGUACUCUCGGACCGUGUACAUGUUGUCCUCCAUUGGUGGCCACGUGGACCCCCGCGGGUGGCUGGAGUGGAAUGGCGAUUUUGCCCUUGACACGUUAUAUUACGGCGAGUACAUGAAUAAUGGACCCGGGGCGGGGGUGAGCCAACGGGUAAAGUGGCCAGGGUACCAGGUUAUCACAUUGGCCUCGGAGGCCAGUAAGUUCACGGUGGCCAAAUUUAUUUACGGGUCGUCGUGGUUGCCCUCCACGGGGGUGGCGUUCAUAGCCGGGUUAUCGGUGUAAAAAUUUUGAUUUAGAAAUGUGAUAUACACAUAUAGGGGAUUAUUGAUACUCUGAAUCCAUAAUUGGAUUUGGGAACUCUGUUUAUCAUUGUCUUCCUCCCUUAACAAUUGGUGUCAAAUAAAUCUUACGACACGAGCUGGCGACAACCAUCCUGAAAGAACUUUGAAGAAUAAUAAUAAGGUCUCGAUGUGUUUAGUAGUAUUAAUCAUCUUCCUCUAAUUGUAAAUAGGAUAUUGCACAAACCUUUCGCAUGGAAUAUUGAUGGUGAAAAUGAGAGGCAUUUAUUACUUGUA